AAAUCGUCAGAUGUGACUCUAACCCCAUAAUAUUUUGCUGCCACUCGCCUUUUACGCACAGCCGCGCAGUGACUCUGCUGUCUACCCUCUCAGUCUGAUCCGGAGCCUUUUUACGCGCAGAGCCUGCUGUGAUCCGGAGCACUCCUCCACGGCUGCGCUCAUCACAGCUGACUGACUCUUCUUCUUUAGCUGUCAAAUAAGGACAAACCAGGAGGACAGGACAUGUUGAGGAUGUGGAGGGGACUCAGCUUGCUGUCAACAUGGUGCUGUCUGCUGAUGUUGAUUCAUUUUUCGCCUCAAGCAGAUGCAGCAGUGACAUGCCGCUCCAAUCAGUUUAAGUGUGGGAACGGGAAGUGUAUCACCGAUAGGUGGAUUUGUGAUGGAAGUGACGACUGUGGUGACGGGACCGAUGAACUGCCUGCAACCUGCGCAUCCAAAACAUGUCAGCCGUCCGAGUUCAACUGUGGCGCUCCGAGGAACCAGUGUAUCCCCGGAGCCUGGCACUGUGACGGCAGAGCGGAAUGUGACAACGGAGCUGACGAGAAAAACUGCACGGCCAAACAAUGCAGCGCUGGCCAGUUUCGCUGCGGGAACGGCGAGUGUAUAUCCAACAGCUUCGUUUGCGACAAGGACAACGACUGUCCAGACGGCUCAGAUGAGGCUAACUGCCCCAAACCCACCUGCAGCUCUGGUUCCUUCCAGUGCAACAACUCGGUGUGUGUGCCGGUCCGGUGGAAAUGCGAUGGAGAUAAAGACUGCGCCGAUGGGUCAGACGAGUGGCCGCAGAACUGUGUUGGUCGGGAGAAGAAGAUGCCGAGCUGUGCCGCCAACGAGUUCCAGUGUGCAAAUGGUGAUUGUAUCCACAGCAGCUGGAGGUGUGACGGAAACGCAGAGUGCCUGGAUGGAUCGGAUGAACUUAACUGCAGUCGUUGUCGUCCAGAUGAGUUCCAGUGUUAUGACGGUGCCUGUAUCCAUGGCAGCCGCCAAUGUGACAACGUGCCCGACUGCAGGGACCUCAGUGAUGAGCUAGGCUGCCACAUAGAAAAUACAUGUGAAGGCCCCACCAAGUUCAAGUGCAGCAGCGGGGAGUGUAUCAGCAUGGCUAAAGUGUGCGACAAACGGAAAGACUGCAGGGACUCGUCGGAUGAACCUGCCAAUGAGUGUGACAAAAAUGAGUGUUUGACUAAAAAUGGUGGAUGCUCCCAUUUCUGCACCGACCUAACUGUUGGCUUCAACUGCUCCUGCCGUACUGGAUACUUCCUGAAGACGGACAAGAAAACCUGUGAAGACAUUAAUGAAUGUGAUGAGCCAGACACUUGCAGUCAGAUCUGCAUCAACCUGCCCGGCAGCUACAAGUGUGAUUGUCAGGAGGGCUACGACAUCGACCCUGCGACCAAGACGUGCCGGGCUGAAUCAGGCACUGUGCCCACCCUCUACUUCACCAACAGACACGAGGUGAGGAAGAUGACGGUGGACCGCAGCGAGUACGUCACUCUCAUCCCCAGGCUGAAGAACGUGAUGGCUCUGGACAUAGACAUGCCGAACAAGAUGAUCUUCUGGUCUGACCUGUUUCUGAAAAAAAUCUACAGCUCCAGGAUCGACAUGGCCGGUAACUCCUCUUACCACACUGUGGUAAUUGGCAGCGGGAUCGAGGCCCCAGAGGGCCUUGCAGUGGAUUGGAUCCAUGGCAACAUCUACUGGACUGACAGCGUCUUGAAGACUAUCUCUGUGGCAACGACAGACGGCAGCAAGAUGAAGACCCUGAUCACAAAAGACCUGGAUAAGCCAAGAGCCAUCACAGUGGACCCAGUAAAUAACUUUAUGUACUGGACAGACUGGGGUGAGCAGGCAAAGAUAGAGAAGAGUGGGCUGAAUGGUGCAGAUCGGGUUACCUUAGUAGCAGAUAACAUCUUGUGGCCCAAUGGCAUCACCCUCGACAUGGUGAACCAGCGUCUGUACUGGGUGGACUCCAAGAUGCACACUCUGUCCAGCAUUGACGUGAACGGAGAGACAAGACACAGCCUCAUUUUCAGCAAGGAAAAGCUAGCCCAUCCCCUCUCUCUGACCGUCUUUGAGGAGAAAGUGUUUUGGACGGACAUGACCAACAGUGCAGUUUUUAGUGCUAACCGCCUGACGGGGAAGGACAUCACUCAGCUGGCAGCAGACCUGGACCAGCCAGAGGACAUCGUACUGUACCACAAACUCAAACAGCCAAUCGGUACAAACUGGUGCACAGAGAGCAACAAUAUGAAUGGGGGAUGUGAGUUUCUGUGCCUCCCUGCCCCUCAGAUCAACCAGCACUCUCCUAAAUACACCUGUGCCUGUAAAGACAACAUGACUCUGGGAGCUGACAUGAGGAUGUGUGUGACAGCAGUCGUCAACAAAACUGUUACACCGCUCCCGCCCAAAGCUCCCGCCACAUCUGCUCCACGCAGGCAGCCCGUCUCCACCACCACUACCACCCCAGCUACCACCUCAACUCCAACUACUACUACGACCAUAGCUGCCAAAAAACCUGCAACUACCUCAUCCAGCCAGCAGAGUUCAAAGCAGCCUGCCGCUACUGUUCAAGGUAACAAAUUGGCAGCCUUGCCCAAAGAAGCCCCUUCUUCCCACCCUGCUGCUCUCUACAUCGUGCUGCCAAUACUCGUCAUGUCCCUGGUGAUCUUUGGAGCAGUGCUGCUAUGGAGACACUGGCGUCUGAAGAACACCAACACCAUCCACUUUGACAAUCCAGUGUACCAGAAAACCACAGAGGAUGAGCUACACAUCUGCAGGAACAGCUCUGAAGGCUACGUUUACCCUCAGAGACAAAUGCUGAGCAUGGAGGACAUGGAUAUUGCAUGACCUAAAGAAGAAGAAGAAGAAGAAGAAGACAAUAGCUUUAUUUGAAGUGUUUUUUUUGUCCUGAUGCAAACACGAAGCAACAAAGGCCAUAUUAUUUCUACUGC